AUAGCUACGGUGCACCUUCCCCCGUCCAGAGAUCGUACACGCUCUCCCUCUCCCCGCGCUCGGCACACUCUCGACAACACUCUCCCAGACUGGUUUUGAAUGGCAUUGGCUGACGUCACGAAACGGGGUGCACUAGCGAGACUUUUUAAAGCUGUGAGGCUUUUCAGGAUGGAUCUCAGAAAAUAGGAACCGGGGGACACACGGUCCGAAUACUCUAUGCGCGCGAACCAGAAGUUUUGAUACACGCCAUAAACAGCGGUAGCAGACUUGGACGAACUUCGUGAAACGUGAUCCGCUCGGCCCGCAAACUCUUUUUUUUUCCAGUUUUAAGAAGCUUUUCGGCACUGGUGAUUCUGUUUUCACUUCUCCAAAAACGGCGGAGAUGUUGCAUCCCCGUAAACUUUUUACUACCUUACUGUUGGUGGUCGCGGAAUGCGGAGCGAUAUCGCAGAUGGGGGCUUCGGUUGGCGACUGCCCGUCCCGCUGUCACUGCGAAGAGGACGGCAUGCUUCAGCGUGUCGACUGCUCGGACCUCGGGCUCACGGAACUUCCUGCCAACCUAAGCGUCUUUACUUCUUAUCUCGAUCUGAGUAUGAACAACCUGACCCUGUUGCCCUCCAGCGCCCUGUCCAACCUACACUUCCUUGAGGAGCUACGUCUUGCAGGCAACGAUCUGACGCACAUUCCCAAAGGAGCGUUCUCCGGCCUCUUCAAUCUGAAAGUGCUGAUGCUUCAGAACAACCAGCUACGGCAGGUUCCGGGUGACGCCCUUCAAAACCUGAGGAACCUCCAGUCUCUGCGCCUGGACGCCAACCACAUCUCCAGUGUCCCCCGGGGCUGCUUCGAUGGACUCCUGUCGCUGCGCCACCUGUGGCUGGAUGACAACGCCCUGACCGAGGUGCCGGAUGACGCCCUGCGAGUGCUGUCAUCCCUGCAGGCGAUGACCCUGGCCCUCAACAGGAUCGCGCACGUCCCGGACCGGGCCUUCGCCAACCUCUCCAGCUUGGUGGUCUUGCAUCUGAAUAACAACAGGAUUCACUCCCUGGGAACGCAGUGCUUUGAGGGCCUGCAGAACCUGGAGACUCUGGAUCUGAACUACAACAACCUUGAGGAGUUCCCCAUUGCGAUCAGAUCCCUGAGCACCCUAAAGGAGCUGGGCUUUCACAGCAACAACAUCCAGUCCAUCCCUGAGCAUGCCUUCACUGGAAACCCCUCUCUCCUGACAAUAUUCUUCUACGACAACCCCAUCCAGUUUGUUGGCCGUUCUGCCUUUCAGCAUCUACCUGAGCUGCGGACACUAUCUCUAAAUGGUGCAGCAGAAAUCACGGAGUUCCCAGACCUCACCGGCACCAAGAGUUUGGAGAGCCUGACCAUCACUGGAGCACAAAUCACAUCUCUGCCCUCCACUGUGUGUGACCAGCUACCCAACCUGCAAGUGCUAGAUCUAUCCUACAACCUGAUCCAGUCUCUUCCAAGCCUGAGCGGAUGCCAGAAGAUUCAGAAAAUUGACCUGCACCACAACGAGAUUGAAGAGGUGCAAUCUGGGACUUUCCAGGGACUGGCAUCACUGCGAACCCUUGACCUGGCUUGGAACAAGCUGUUCUCCCUGGACCCACUGUCUUUCUCCGGUCUGCCAGGCCUCAUCAAACUUGACCUGACCUCCAACCGGUUGUCUUCCAUGCCCGUGUCUGGCCUUCACGGACUCACACACCUCAAACUAGCCGGCAACGAGAACCUGCGGGACCUCCUGCCUGCCGAGAGCUUCCCCAAACUCAGAGUGAUGGAGCUGCCCUAUGCCUUCCAGUGCUGUGCCUUCGUCUCCUGUGAGAAACACUCCUCUCCCUGGGACAGAGACGAUAACAACAACGGGAAGAACGACUUCGGGAGGAGGGAGGCCAUCUUAUCUAACCAAGAAGACCACGAGUUGGAGGAUUUCCUGCUGGACUCUGACGACGAGCCCAAAUCCCACCACACGGUCCAGUGCUCCCCCGCACCCGGUCCGUUCCGUCCGUGUCACCACCUGUUCGGCAGCUGGCUGAUCCGAGGUGGCGUCUGGGUCAUCGCAACGCUCUCCCUGAUCUGUAACACGCUGGUGAUGGUCUCCAUCUUCCUCUCCCCGUCAUUCCUGUCCCCCGCCAAGCUUCUGAUUGGCCUGCUGGCCCUGGUGAACAGCCUCAUGGGUCUGUGGUCCGCCACACUGGCCACGGUGGACGCCCUGACCUUCGGGAGCUUCGCUCGCUACGGGGCGCGCUGGGAGAGCAGCGCCGGCUGCAAGCUGACUGGCUUCGUGUCCGUCUUCGCCUCCGAGACCAGCAUCUUCCUGCUGACGGUGGCCGCCCUGGAGAGGGGGCUGUCGGUGCGGAGGGGCAAGGCAGCCGAGGGCAAGACCUCCGCGGGCACGGCGAGGCUGGCGGCCGCCCUGUGCUUCCUCCUCGGCCUGGCCGUCACCCUGCUCCCACUGCUGGGGGAUUACGGGGUCUCAUCCAUCUGCCUCCCGGUGCCCUAUGGGGAGCCCUCCUCCCUGGGCUUCAUGGUGGCCUUGGUACUGGUCAACUCCCUCUGCUACCUCAUCAUGACCGUCAGCUACACGCGCCUGUACUGCAGCCUGGAGAAGGGAGAGCCCGACAACCUGUGGGACUGCUCCAUGAUCCGCCACGUGGCCUGGCUGCUGUUCGCCAACUGUCUCCUCUAUUUCCCCGUGGCCUUCCUGUCCUUCUCCUCGCUGCUGAGGCUCCCCUCUGUGGGGCCCGAGGUGGUGAAGUCGGUGCUCCUGGUGGUGGUCCCUCUGCCGGCCUGCCUCAACCCCCUGCUGUACGUCCUCUUCAACCCCCACUUCAAGGAGGACCUGGGCCUGCUCCGCAAACGCACCCUGGGGUCCCUGCACCGUCCCCGCCGCCUCAGCCUGGCCUCGCUCGACUCGGAGGACGCGGAGAAGCAGUCGUGCGACUCGACGCAGGCCCUGGUCACCUUCGGGACAUCGGAGGAGGAGGAGGAGUCCGGAGGAAAGGGGGCGGAGCAACCGAGGGGGGCGGGGCAGCAGCCCAGCACAGAGGCCCACCACCCUCCGGUUCCUUUCAUCCCCUGUCGCUAGGCAAAAUUGCCGACAGGCCUCACUGUUUUCAUCCUCAGGGCUGCAGGGCUAUGACAGCCCUACGUCGACCCUACGUCAACCCUAUGUCAACCCCCCCCCUCCCCCUCCCCCCCACCCAACACACACAGACAAAGACUGUGUCAGAGCAGCACAUGUAGCCAGAGAGGAGGAAGAAGCCGGGCCACUGCCACACAGACAGGGAUAUGGCUCUCUUCUGACCACCACAACUCCAGUAUAGAUAGACUCCAUUUUCUGGGGUGUUUCCCCUCCCUCUACCUGUAUAGUUCCAGCUACACAUAUGCAUACCUCUCAGAAACGGAUCUACAAAACAUAGCGGCGUGACUGAUUGUGUUGUGAACGCUGUAUGAGCGAUGACAAACAUCGCGUGGACAGCUAGAUCGCCGUAUUAACGCAGAAUGUGGCCGUGGCCUUUAAUGAAGGUACUGAAGUCUGUGAUGUGUAGGCCAGGGAGGAGGAGGUGGUUCUGCAGAAACGCUACAUCGCUUCGUUUUGUUUCCCUUAGAUGACUAUGCUAAUGUAUCUAAUUUGAGACCUUAAACAAUCUCUUGUAGAGUUAUACAAUCACGAGCUGAUUCAUUUGAAAACAAUUUGUUAGGAACAGUGCUUCAUGUUCUGAGAAGUAUGUGUGUGUGUGUGUGUGUGUGUGUGUGUGUGCGUGCGCGCGAGUGCAAGUGUAUGUGCUGUUGGUUAUUGUGCCGUCAUUCAUAGACAGGUUGCUCUUGCACAAGUGUUGUGACCUUGUGAGUUCCCUAAAUUAGCUGAGACUGCCGUAUCCCAAAAUGCUCCAACGAUGGAACAAAUCGUAUUUGUUUAUAUACAUAUGCCAUGCUGUGUAAUGUCUGUGUGUGUGCACGUGUGAGUGUGUGUUCGUGAGUGUGUGUGCGGUUGAUGUCAUGUGCUUGUUCAUUUGUGUACAUACUGUGAUAAUCUGUUUUCCAUGGUAGAAUAUGCCAGUUUGUUGAAAAGUAAUAUUUGUUAUGAAUUUGUAAUUUACCAGAAUGUUCAGUUCUUUGUCCCGCCCCUCCUAUUUACCUACUUCAAUUUUUUUAUUUUUUCUUCUCAUUUUGUCUUAAAGCCCUCGGUGAUCUCAAGCUUCGAUUAUACCGUAGCUCGCUCGAAUCAAAACAACCAUUAAUUUCUUAUCGCUCUCUAUGGAAAGCAACAACAUUGUGUGGGUUUGUGCUUUUAGCCCGUUUUAUCCAUGCACCAUUACAACUGAAAUACUGUUUGGAACGUCGACAAAGUACGCCAUCACAUACUCAGUUUUGUGUGUGUGUGUGUGUGUGUGUGUGUGUUAGCUACGUUAACGCCACCAUAGACACAGGCUUCCUUCCAGUACCCAGCAUCAACAUUACAGUGCAGGUCAACACAACCAUGACAGAAAGGGAGAGGAGAGGGUGAGACAAGGAGAAAGGGGUGAGACAAGGAGAAAAGGGUGAGAGGAGAAAAAGGGGAAUUGUUAUUGUAGUGUUUAAGAGGUCUUUAGAGGCCUGGAUGACAACCUCUCCGCUGGUGUGUGUUCCCCCUGUGUGUGCAGUGGCAGCAUAGAGACGUCUUGUGUUCUGGGCCUUUGUUCCUUGGCCAGGCAAAGCGGCCGCGUAGCGGUGGGGUGUUAACCUGGACAGAGGGAUCGAGUGGCCCAGUUGCCGCCUUUCCGGACUGAACCCCUUCCAAAGAACCAGAUCGCUUGUGAAAUGAAAUAUCCCCCAGGACGAGGGUUCAGCUCGGCCGGCCUGCAUUCUGGUUCUCUCCUCUACUUCGUCCCUCCUCUGUUUCUUUCUCCUUCAUCUUCCACCUUCUUCCUCCCUUUCUUCGGUAUAGGCAGCUGAGUGUUAAUGUGAAACAUCAGAGGCCAGUCCAGAUAAAUACUUGGACACGAGGUUAGCAGGCUGAUGUUUAGGACUCCUCUGAGGCGAGGUAUCUUCAGAGCUCAGCUCCGGGCUUUUGACCUCCCUAUCUGUUUUUCUCAGCCCUUCUUUCAUAUUUUGUCCAAGUGUAUGACAUCAUGUCUCAUCCACUGUCCCGCAGCUCUCCUCUCCUCCCCUCCGCUCCUUCUCCCUGUUGCUCCUCCUCUCCUGUCUUGCUGUUCAUAGGUCGCCGCAACCUCCGAGGCUCUACAGCACGUGAAACCGAGGUGAUUAGGGUCCUGCAUGUUGAUGGAGAGCAACGUGAAACCGCUGUAGUUGUAGAGAUUGAUGUGACCCAUACUUCCUCCCCCAGCCAUCUCAUGUUUAGUUUCAGCCCUGGCCUUGCUCACCUGAAUGAAGUAGUCAAGGGCUUAGUAGUUAGUCGACUAGUUAAUUCAGCUGUGCUUGUUCUGGAAUACAUGGGACGACUGGGGGUCCCCAGGAGAGGUUUGAGAACCACUGCUUUAUCCUUGUGCGGAUUUAGUAGGUAGAUAAUGUAUUUACUUGGUAGAUAAUGUAUUUACUUGGAAUAUGUUGUUCUUGCAAACCUAGAAUGUGAAUAAACCAUAUUUUUGUUCUGUCGCUAUUUCUGAAAAUCCUUGCUGCUCAUGGACUGUAAAAGAGCCCACACACCUCGACAAACACACCUUCAAUCUCUAAUUUUUACUCUUAUUUCAGUAUAAUGUUGUCUCAUUUAAGUAGGACAAACGUCUGUUUUUUUUUUCUUUCUCUACCGUUGUUUUUUUUCUUAGAAAGCAUUCUCAGGAAACGGGGCAGAAAAACUGAAUUUGCUGCAGUUAACCGUAACCCUUUGGCCAUUCUGUCAUUUAAAAUGCAGGUCCUUGAGGACCUUCUGAGAUAGGGGUCAUUAUUGAAGCCAGGGGUGGAUGGCUGGUUGAAUCUGGGUUCUGUUUAUUAGGGCACAGCAUAGCAAAUAUCUUCCUGUUACAAUAUCCUGAGGUUCGUGUCACAUUUUCUGGUCUGAAUUUGUCAGCACUGCCGGUAGUAAUCUGUCCAGUUGUAAUGUUUUUCAAUAUUUUUUGUUAUCCCUUUUCUAUUCUUUUUUUCUGGUUCUCUAUCAUCGUCCAGCUUUAGAAUCUGAAAGAAAAUGUUUUGUAUUGUCUUGAGCUCUUAAAAUACAAGAAUUGUAUAAAAUAUAGAUUUGUAUUUAUAACAAAAAGUAUAUUGUGUAAAGAAAAGCAAAGGGUCCCAGAGGAGAGAGCCUAACAGAGGCCUAGCGCAUACUAUGCCGAUUGUAUGUAGUAGCCAAGCUAGGGCGGUGCCUGGGUUUAGCUAGUCUAGCAUCUCAUUGGCUAGGGGCUGUAUGUAAAUUACAUUCAUAAGGCCAGUGAAUAGAAUGCAUAUUUGUUUUUAUAUCAGAGUGCUGAAUCCAUGUAAUAUGUAAUAAACAACUUUACCAAAUGAACGUAA